AAAAGGGGGGGGGGCAGAAAAGGCGCCGGCCGGGCCCGAUACACACCAGUAGGAGCCGGGUGGCUGCAGAGAGGAGCCGGAGCCGGGUCGCCGCGCCUCGCCGCGCCUCGCCUCGCCAUGGCGCCCACCCUGGCCACUGCCCAUCGGCGCCGCUGGUGGAUGGCCUGCACCGCCGUGGUGGAAAACCUCCUCUUCUCGGCAGUCCUCCUGGGCUGGGGCUCUCUGCUCAUCAUGCUCAAGUCGGAGGGCUUUUACUCCUACCUGUGUACUGAGCCAGAGAAUGUCACCAACGUCACAGUGGGGGCCACGGCAGAGCUGGAGCAUGAGGAGGUGAGCCGGAUGAAUGGCUGGCUCAGCUGCAAGGCCCAGGAUGAGAUGCUAAACUUGGCCUUCACCGUGGGCUCCUUCCUGCUCAGUGCCAUCACCCUGCCCCUGGGCAUCGUCAUGGACAAGUAUGGCCCGAGGAAGCUCAGGCUGCUGGGCAGUGCCUGCUUUGCUGUCUCCUGCUUGCUGAUUGCGUAUGGAGCAAGUAACCCAAACUCCCUCUCUGUGCUCAUCUUCAUCGCCCUGGCUCUGAAUGGCUUUGGUGGGAUGUGCAUGACUUUUACCUCAUUAACACUGCCCAACAUGUUUGGUGACCUUCGGUCCACAUUUAUUGCCCUGAUGAUUGGAUCCUAUGCCUCCUCGGCGGUCACCUUCCCAGGAGUCAAGGUCGUCUAUGACUUCGGUGCCUCCUUCAUUGUCAUCCUCGUGGUCUGGGCUGGCUGCUCCGGGCUGGUUUUCCUCAACUGCUUCUUUAAUUGGCCCCUGGAACCCUUCCCGGGGCCAGAGGACAUGGACUACACGGUGAAGAUCAAGUUCAGCUGGCUGGGCUUUGACCACAAGAUCACAGGGAAGCAGUUCUACAAGCAGGUGACCACAGUGGGGCGCCGCCUUAGCGUGGGCAGCUCCAUGCGGAGCACCAAGGAGCAGGCAGCCCUGCAGGAGGGCCACAAGCUGUGCCUGUCCACCGUCGACCUGGAGGUCAAGUGCCAGCCUGAUGCCACAGCGGCCCCCUCGUUCAUGCACAGCGUGUUCAGCCCCAUCCUGCUGCUCAGCCUGGUCACCAUGUGCGUCACACAGCUGCGCCUCAUCUUCUACAUGGGUGCCAUGAACAGCAUCCUCCAGUUCCUGGUCAGCGGAGACCAGGCCGUAGUGAUGGCUACCGUGAGCCUCUACACCUCCAUCUUCGGGGUUCUCCAGCUGCUCUGCCUGCUCACCGCCCCCGUCAUUGGCUACAUCAUGGAUUGGAGGCUGAAGGAGUGUGAGGACGCCUCCGAGGAGCCCGAGGAGAAAGACGCCAACCAAGGUGAGAAGAAGAAGAAGAAGCGGGACCGGCAGAUCCAAAAGAUCACCAACGCCAUGCGGGCCUUCGCCUUCACCAACCUGCUGCUCGUGGGUUUCGGGGUGACCUGCCUCAUUCCCAACCUGCCUCUCCAGAUCCUCUCCUUCAUCCUGCACACAAUCGUGCGAGGAUUCAUCCACUCGGCCGUCGGGGGCUUAUACGCCGCCGUGUACCCCUCCACACAGUUUGGCAGCCUCACAGGCCUGCAGUCCCUGAUCAGCGCCCUCUUCGCUCUCCUGCAGCAGCCCCUGUUUCUGGCUAUGAUGGGUCCCCUCCAGGGAGACCCUCUGUGGGUGAACGUGGGCCUGCUGGUCCUGAGCAUGCUGGGCUUCUGCCUCCCCCUCUACCUCAUCUGCUACCGGCGCCAGCUGGAGAGGCAGCUGGAACGGAAGAGAGAGGACGACAAGCUUUUCCUCAAGCUCAACGGCUCGUCCAACCGGGAGGCUUUUGUGUAGCGCCUGCCGUCUCGGAUCACGGCCUCCCGCCCUCUCGCUUCAGUGACUUGAGGUGUCCUCGUCCCCACCCCAGAGGACCUCCACGCACUCCCACCCACCCCCAACCCCAGGAUCCUGUCCUCCACUGUGCUGGAGUCCACGCUCCCUCCCAGGGCCCUGGUCCUGCCUCGGAGCUCUGUGGUGGACAGACGGAUGGGAGAGGGCCUGGACAGACGCUUCUCCUCCUGCUGGAGGCAGGGAGGCUCUGGACUUCACUCCGCCACCCUUGAGGGGCCCUUGAGCCUCAGGGCUCUGUGGUGCCUGCAGGAGGAGCCAGGAGGACCCCCUGGGCUGGCAGACCCUCUCCCCCAAAGUGUGUCCAGAUUCUGCCUCUAGCCAAAGCAGAGGGGUCUGCCAUCCACUGCCCGCCUCCCGCCCCUCAGCUGCAUGUCCACCGACCACGCCUGCCUGAGGACAAAGGCUUGCACUGUCUGCACAGCCCCCCCACCCCCGGCCUGGCCCCUCACUCCUCCCCCAGCCAGUCUGAGCUGCCUGAGGAAGGAAGGACCCGCUUCCUGUUGUUGGUGCUAACUCCUUUGUGAUUCCAGCCCCCUGUGGCCUGUCCAUGGCCUGUCCUCCUGUUCGAGGCCUGUGGGGAAGUGCCCCCCCGCCCCCCGUCCCCCGCCCACCCCCAGGUUAGCCUGGGAAGGGUCUGGAGGGCUGGAUAGUCACGUGAGAACCAUGGACAAGGCUGGGCAGCGGUCCUUUCCCUCUCCCCUCAGGACUUGAGUGGGGGCAUGUCUCCACUGCCACCCUUUGUCCAGGCUGUGACCAGAAGGGAAUUAAGGGGGCACCAAUAGGGCAUCACACACACACACACACACACAGCUGUUUUUGUGGGGGGUGGAAGUGAGGCUGCAGCUGACAGUCCUGGAGGUCCAGGCCUGGGUGGGGAGGUGAAUUUGUGAGAGGCCUAGGGGGUGUGGAUGUGUGGGCUGUGUGUGCAUGUGCUGUGUAUGAGAGUUGUGUGUGGGGGUGGUGGCAGGUUGUGGGCUCUGGGUGUCUACACUUGUCCUCCCAGAGCUGCCCCCAGCUGGCCAGGCCCCAGUAAGCCCAGCGCCCCGGCGCCAGCCCCGUUCAGGGCCAAGCUUGUUUCAGGCUGCGGGGCCACAGCGCCCCCUGCUGGCAGACUCUCCCAGGGGCCCUGGAGCUGUUUACGCGGGCAAGGCCACCUUUCCUUUGCCAGGCGGGCCUGGCUUACCAACCCACUCACCUUGAUUGCACUCAGAAAUGUAUCUGAGGCUUCCUGGGAGUUCUGAGAGGGGUGGGUGGAUUUUUAGGUUAUUUGUUUUAAGUUUUAUCAGACUUCUUUUUAUAAAGCAAUAAAUCCAUUUCCCUACUGGUAAGGGAUGCCCCCUUCUAGCAUAUCAA